AUGUCGUCCAGUGCUAGACAAACGAGGUCACAGGCAAAGGCACAAGCCAAUUCUCGUGCUCAACCUCGAGGUGAUUCCUCUGUGUCUUUGACGCCCCCGAAGAACAUCGCGCAGCCAUGCACUCGCGGCCGUGCUGGUUCACAGUCAACGGUGACGUCCGGCUCAAUGGGUAUCAACCACUGGACGCGUCACAUGCCGAACUAUCCAGCUCCUGUUAUGCCUCAUCCAGGAUCAGAGGCUUCUACGAAAAUCGUUACCCCCAGCCAACUUGCCGAAUCGACGUCUAACUGUUCCAGGAUAAAGGCCAAGGCCAUGUCUAAUUUGUCGGGAAUCUCGACCGAGGCACCAGCAUCGUUUGGACACGCCGACUCGAAUUCCAAGUACUACCAAUAUCAGCAAGCUGGCACACGAGUAUUUGAUUGCGAGGAUCCAGGAGUCAACGCCGCUGCACAAGCGAGGAUUGUCGCACAGUGCGUCGAUGCGCUCGGACGACGCCUUGACAUAUCGAGCAUGCCUGAAGGCGUCCGGUUCAUGAGUCGUGACUUGUUAUCGAACGAUGGAGAUGCUCGGUACGACUCCCCGAGUCCGAGUGUAUAUAUGGUCCCUCCCUCACUUUCCUCACGCGGAUGUACCCCCUAUGGUGAGGUUGAUAACUCAUACAGGGCGUAUUCCACUUCUUCCAGGGCUCAGUUCGACUUCGAAACAUGGGCAUACGCGGAUAAAGCCUUGAAAGAUGAAGUGACUUCCGGCCAGAGUAGGUCGGGCCAUGGUGGGACGGCUAGAGGAGGGGCGGGUCAGUCCAUGGCGAACGGUGUCAAGUCGGUCCAUUCUGAACGUCAUCAACUCAAACUUGAUCCAAUAACAGAUAUGGUAAAGAUCGAGCAUAUGAGCGACGCCUUCCUGUCCCCUGUUGCCACGCCCAUGCCCGUCCCUGGUCCGAACCCGUAUUUUAUACAUGGACAUGAAAGUCUCCUUGAAGAUGAAGUUAUGACUAGGCCUCUUGGACUAGAUGAUGACUUACCCCAGACGCCUCUUUUUGAGUCGCCAUCCAAAGCCAGAUCGAACGGUUAUUUUCAUGGUAGCGAUGAUACAGUUGUCGAGCCUACGUUUAACUAUCCGAAAGUUUCUGGAUUCGGCCGCGAAUGCAGUCCACUCACUGAAUAUGAGUACGAUGAAGACGGGACGCCCAGACUUCCUAACAGCAGUCGCCGUGGCAGGCGAACUGUAGGAGCUGUAUAUUCGCCUUCCAGGGGCUACGUGCGCACAGAUCCCAUUCUUACGCGCAAGAGGGCCAAGGAGCUCGGCUCGACAGUCAAUAUGUAA